AUGGAAAUAAAACAGGAGCCGACAGUCAAACAAGAAACAGAAAAUGACGACUGCAUUGUGACGGUGUCACGAUCAUCAUACACGGUCAACAGUGUGAUACAUGAAAACUCGAUUGGUGACGAGCAAAUGGGUAGCACCGACGAUUGCAUUGAUUUUCACCAUUUGUCUCAAGUGAAAUGGAAAGUAAAGAUUAAGGAAGAGGUGAAUCAAGUUGCUAUUAAAAAAGGUGACAAAAAUCACCAACCACAAAACAGUCCGAUGUCGAAUAAAUUGAAUGGUGGUGAUGGUGGUGCAGUCGGCAAGAAGGACAAAGUGAACAAUGCUCGUGACGAGAAGAAGCCACCUGAAGGCAAGGCAACUGGAAAGCGACACAAGUGUUCAUUGUGCGAGUAUGUCACUAAUUUUGUCAGUCGUUUUAAUCAGCACAUGCUCAAGCAUACUGGCGAACGACCAUUUCCAUGCCACGUGUGCCCGAAACGAUUCAUCCAAAAACAUUGCCUACAAUCGCACAUGAAAGCACACGUCGAUGAAUUUCUGUUCAGUUGUUCAACUUGUUUGCAAGGAUUUCAUCGAAGCGAGGAGAAGGUGGAACAUGAAUCUGGUUGUAAGGUGCGUCGCUACGAGUGUCAUCUGUGCAAGAAAUACUCUACUUUGCAAAAGUCGAAUUUGGAAGUUCAUCUGCGCGUGCAUACCGGUGAGAGGCCAUUCGAAUGCGACCAUUGCUCAAUGAAAUUCAACCACUCAAAAACUUUGAAAUGCCAUCUCAAAACCCACACCAGUCUUCAUCCAUUAAAAUUCAAGUGUUCAACUUGCUUCAAGAUCUUUGCACAACAAAUGGAAAAAGAAAGUCACGAAGUCAAUUUCAAGCGACGCGGAUUCGAAUGUGAUCUUUGUAAGACGUACACAACUGAUCAUAAAGGACAUUUGAUGAACCACAUGCGAAUCCACACUGGUAAAAAGCCAUUCCGAUGUGAAACAUGCUCGAAGUGCUUCUCGCAAAAGGCAAAUCUCAACAGACACAAGAAAAUGCACAAGUAG